UUUUUUUCAAUAAUAUUUAAUAUUUUAUUGAUGUCAAGUGUUAUUAAGUAUGUAUAUUUUUUUGAACUAGAUGAUUAAAUGCAAUACACUCUAUACUGAAGAUGUUGCAUAAAAACCACGUUAUCAAUAAAUGAUUAGGCACUGAAGGAAACCCAAUGUAAACAUAUGAAUGUGAAUUGUGUGUGCGUGACACCGACCGCCUGAGUUCUGAUACUACACAGAGAGUGGCUGGCGAUAGCACUGCAGAACCCAAAGCAAUCAUAACUUUAUCAAGAACACACGAAUAAAAGCUAUAGCCAGAGCAAAUUUACUCCCAGUCUGAAAUAAACGUCUUGGUUUGCGGUGGUCGUGUGUGCUGGCGGAACUUCUAUACCCUUUUAAUAAAUAACCACAAGAACAACAACAACAAGUAGCAUAAUGGCUCCCCCAACUGUUCUGGUAACCGGAGGAGCUGGUUAUAUUGGCUCACACACAGUUCUGGAGAUGCUCAAUGCUGGCUACAAUGUCGUCUGCGUUGACAAUCUAUGUAAUGCAUAUAGUUCCGGUACAGCAAAACUACCCGAAGCCCUAAAUCGUGUCCAAGAGAUAACCGGAAAGAAGGUCCACUUUUAUCGUGUGGAUAUAACAGAUCGUGAACAAGUUCGAUCGGUAUUUCAAGAGCAUAAAAUUGAUAUGGUUGCACAUUUUGCUGCCCUCAAAGCUGUCGGAGAGUCAUGCCGCAUUCCAUUGCAAUAUUAUCACAACAAUAUGACGGGGACAAAUGUUUUAUUGGAAGCUAUGGCCGAUAAUAAUGUCUUCAAAUUUGUGUACAGUUCCAGUGCCACCGUCUAUGGUGAGCCACAAUUUUUGCCCGUUACCGAAGAACAUCCGGUAGGCAAUUGCACAAGUCCUUAUGGUAAAACCAAAUACUUUACCGAAGAAAUUCUCAAGGAUUUGUGUAAAUCUGAUAAGCGUUGGGCCGUUGUUUCGUUACGCUACUUCAACCCGGUUGGUGCCCAUCCCAGCGGCCGUAUCGGUGAAGAUCCCAAUGGUGAGCCCAACAACCUGAUGCCAUACAUUGCCCAAGUGGCUGUGGGCAGACGUGACUGCUUGCAGGUGUACGGUUCAGAUUUCCCAACCAAAGAUGGCACUGGCGUACGUGAUUACAUUCACAUAGUAGACUUGGCCGAAGGUCAUGUCAAGGCCUUGGAUAAAUUACGCAACAUUGCUGAGACGGGCUUCUUUGCCUACAAUUUGGGCACCGGCGUUGGCUAUUCGGUAUUGGAAAUGGUGCAUGCCUUCCAAAAGGCUUCGGGCAGAAAUAUCAACUAUAAAUUGGUUGAUCGACGUUCCGGUGAUGUGGCAACGUGUUAUGCCGAUGCCAGCCUUGCUGAAAAGGCUUUGGGUUGGAAGGCUACUCGUGGUGUGGAUGAAAUGUGUGUCGACACAUGGCGCUGGCAAAGCAAUAACCCCAAUGGCUAUGCCAUAAAAUGAUUUACUAACUGCAUUUGCUUUUAUGCAUUUUUUUGCUAUUUCACAUAUUUUAAACGAAACAUUCUUUAAACAAAUGUAUUACUUUAUGUUUAUA